AUGUUCAACCAGGGAGAUCGCAAGGACGAGGAUCUCUCGCUCGUGCGCCUUUCAGUACACCCCACACCCUCAGUACUAGAGAGUUACUGCAGCAGUCAUCCGUUUCCUACCUCUCCUAGUGGCUGCGAUCGGGUCAGUGCCCCGGUGGAGGGUGCCACCAAGCGCCGUGGAAUCAUCGGUCGCCUGCUCGACCGGAGGAGUUAUGUACUGCACUACGGGACGAGAUACUGGAGCGUCGACCGCGGACAAGCUACGGAUGAUCGUGUUCCGCUGCACUAUCGCCCCCUCUCUCCUCUCUCCGCUAAGCUACGACCUUUCUUGCUCUUUGCUCCAACAUCCUCCUCGGUGACCUCGACUGUUCCUUUUCUUCUCGAAAUCUCCUCUCUAUCAUUCCCGCCCGGAAAACUAUUGCGACUUCUUGGAUUGUCUCUUCCCCCCCCCCCCCCUCCCUCGGCCUCUGAUAUCCCUUUCGACAUUAUGCGCCGCCCCCUUCCCAAAGCAUUCGCGGGCUGGAUCUCAUCAUCAUACGAUCUUCACACGAUCGGCCCUCUGUACCGAAGCGUGCUGCACCAUUGUAUCCGUCUCUCUUCUCUACCAUUUUACAAGACCACUCGUGCCCCCCCUCUCCCCCUCCCGCCUACUCGCGCGUUCGAUUCCCAUUGCGCUCUGCGCGGCGCAAUUCAUCGGAGUGCAUCUCGUACCACUGCCUUUCAGACUCCCAUAUCGCGCACAGGAUACCCGGCCAUUCUCACGAAGCACGCGAGAUCACCGCGAGCAUCGCGAACUGGUCUAGUCUCAUUCUCCACCUUCCGUCACGGUAGAAUCGCAGAGGUCGCAGAUAGCUCAUUUUUGAUUGCACGUGGCACGUUCGUCAUAGAGUGUCUAGAAAGUGAACGACAACUAGACGACGCACCUCCACCGGUUACUCACACGAACUCCUUUCGCGUUGUCGACAAAACCUUCCUGCGACCCUCAUCCUGUGAGUCUCGGGUGGACAUCUGUCGCGGCUUGAGAUCGCUGGUUUGCGAGCCUGUCCUCCCACCUGCUUCCACCCCAACUUUUGUUCAUUACGCCACGCUGCCUUUUUCCAUCCCCAUCCGAUCUGCUGGUCUCGCAGAGGAUAUCUCUGAUGAGUUGCCUGCCACCAGGCGAUUGACCGGUGACGAAUCACUUUCUCGAAGUGCAUUCAUCUGA